CUCGCUGGAUGUUAGUAUUGUUGGUUGAAUCAUGGUGCCUUUCUAACCCUCUCAAGUUGCUAUAAGAGGUAUUUUCUCUUGUAUGGCAAAGUAUUGGUCGCGUGAAAUCUCCAGUUGGUGCGUUUGAAGUUACUCUCUUUCCCUGAUAUCCGUCAUAUUUUUUUUUUUAUCAAUGACCCUGUUUUGUCAAUUAGGUGAAUAGUAACACAUGUGACCUUUCAACUGCGCGUUUUCUGUUUUGCUGAUUUCGCUGCAACACAGGUAGUGGCACACCACGUCCACCCCUUGUUCGAGCCUACGUAGGCGCUGACGCAAGCACGCUAUAUCAGACUUCAGUUGGAGAGCAUCGCGCGCCUUCACUAGCAGUCUACUAUGGAGAGCGACGCGCUAAGUGGUGGUCACGGCGGGGAGCUCUGUUGACAAUUGUCCUAUACUUUUUUUUCCUUCGUCCGCAGCAAGUUAGGAGCUCCUCCCCUCUAAAUGAGGUAAGCCGGGUAAGACGGAGCCUCCUUAAUUACUAAUAUCUCGAGUCCAAACGACGCGUCCCUUGUCCUAGAAGCCCCGUCAUGCAUGCAGUGUCUCGAUCCGAUCGCGUCUGACCUUUUUCCCCUUUUCAAGUACCGAAAGAGGGGGAGACGGCCCCCCUUUUUGGUUUUCGCCGGGCAUGGGAGAUCAGAGGGAGCCGACAAUGGUGCAGAAGUCCACUUCGUUCAGCAUCAAGAGCCUGCUGCUCCCGUCGAGGUAUGACAGCCCGGACGCAGGAGUCUCCGAAGAGAAAAGCGUCCCAGCUUCGGACUCAGAGAAAUCACCGGAACCGGCGGACAUGGAGCCUAAGACUUUGGGUCAGGAACCACCACCGCAACCCUCUGCACCUUCGCGGGACGAGGAAGAGGGGAGCACAGAGCAGCCCGCAAAGCAAGGCAAGAAUGGGAAAUUAGACAAGCCCCCGUUCAGCUACAAUGCGCUCAUCAUGAUGGCCAUCAGACAGAGUCCCGAAAAGCGACUCACGCUCAAUGGCAUCUACGAGUUUAUCAUGAAGAACUUCCCUUACUACCGUGAGCACAAACAAGGAUGGCAGAACUCCAUACGGCACAACCUGAGCCUCAAUAAAUGUUUUGUGAAGGUGCCACGACAUUACGACGACCCAGGCAAGGGAAACUACUGGAUGCUGGACCCGUCUAGUGACGACGUCUUCAUCGGCGGGACGACUGGGAAGCUUCGUCGUCGCUCGGCAACCUCCAGGGGUAAACUGGUCAUGAAGAGAGGUCUCCGUUUCGCGCCCCUCGGUCUGGGCUUAGGCGAGCGGCCGAGCAACCCUCUGUACUGGCAACUAUCCCCAUUUUUACCUCUCCAUCCCCCGCACUAUAAUGGAUCUACCCACGGAUUUCUAAACCAAGGACACGGGUACGGCUCCCUGUUGCCCGGUGUCGACGCGCUAGGCAACGGGGACGUCUCUCGUCAAAUUCUCGGGAGCUCGAGUGGGAGUCUCAACCUAUCAAACGGAUACGGGGUCGCCUCUCCUCAGGCUGCAGGUUUGCUCUCUGGGCACAAUGGAUAUUACGUUCCGGGACAACAAGCACAGUCUCUGCAAAGCGGACCAGGGUACGGCAUCUCCAGCUCACCACCCACCCUUAUAUCGGACUCGCUACGGACUACCCUCCCUUCUUUCUCCCCGACGCUGUCCAGUGGAUUUUCUGGGGUCUUGUCACAGCACAAGAGGGUCGCGCCCAAUUCUUUCUUGAGCUAAGCUCGCUUUCGGGCGUGUACUGUAAACUUUCCCUUCUUGAAAGUCCUUGACACUGCCUCCCUCUCUAUAGCGCAACGAAACAAAUGCAACCUCCUCUUUUUUGCAUUCAACAAGGACUAUAAAUUCUAAUGUAUAUAAGGGAACCUGAUUUUGAAUUAUUUCUUAGAUUAACAUCAUGCCAAAGGCAAUACUAUGUUUUUACUACUGUUGUUAUUUAUAGGUUGAGCGUUUUAAUUUAUGUUUUUUUAUUUAUUGAACUGUACACUUGUUUUUUUUUUCUCUAUCCAUAUGAAACACCAUGUUUGGUUAAAUGGAUCAGACUUUGUCGUAAUUAUUCUGUUAAGUUUUCUUUUUUGAAAUGUAUACAAUGUUCCCCAAAUGCUGCGCCUUAUCGACUGCAAAUGUUCUAUAAGAGACACGGACAGAGGAAAAAAAAGAGAAAGACGUCUACAUAGAGAAGAGUUCAGCACAUUGAAAUGGACCACUCAUAUAUGAAAAAUAAGGAGAUUUACUUUGAAUACAUUUUCCUACAUUUUAUGAAGACUACUGUACUGAGUAUUUUUGGAUGAAAUUGUACUGGCUACUCUAAAACCUGUUUGGGACACUAGACGUAGCAGCAGAACGGGUAUUUGUUAAGAUCAUGUAGUACAGACAAGUUUGACCCUAUACACAAGUGCUCAGGAUCAACCUUUUGACCCGUCAUCACUAGCAUACAUGAUCUCUGGUCAAGCCAGUGCCAUGUAGGCCAACAGUGAGAUUGCCUCAACCUGGCCCUAUACAGCCAUAAUUUGCUGAGGCUUGCACUACAAUUCUAUGCAUAUAAUUGACAUUCCCCAUGCACUCACGGAUAUAUUUUAUUAUAUUCAUUGCUAAUAUGAGUAUUAUUGCUGUUCCAGAAAUGUUGGCCGGUCGUCAGAGUUAUCGACACGCCAAGCACAGUAAUUCCCGGCGUUUUUUGGGGUUGCGCCGUGUUUUCAGGUGGCAUGGACGUUACUUUGAUCUUUAAAGCAAUGCGAAUUUCAUACAUGUCACAUGAAGUGUUUGCACUUUUAGUUUAUAUAGGCCUAGUGAUUUACAAAUGUGAGACGUUCGUACUAGUUUGCUGUUUCAUUUGUUUGUUUCUGUAAAUUCAAUUUGAAAUCGAUAAAAUGGCAAAAUAAAGUAUUGUAAUAUUUCCUUACAAA